AUGUCAUCGUCAUUUAACAUUUCUCUCUCAGGUCGUCCAAAAACAGCUCCAGCAAAAACCGCCCGCCAAGCAUACAAAUCCUCCUCUUCCGUCUACUCUAGUAUCAGUUCUAUCAAUUCUUCGAAUUCUUUCAACUCUUCAACAAUCUGCCCGGACUCGAAUCGCACCCUGACGCCGGAUGAAAUCAAGGAAGAAAUUUUCGACUCCUCCUCUGUUCGGGAGUCCGUCUAUUCUCCAGCGAGCAUUUGUGAAGAAAACUUUGCUCCAGCAGAGGACUUUCAGGAGAUUUCUCAUCAUAAAAAGUCAGAAGAUUCAGAACCGUCCCCAAAACCAUCGCCUUCUUUCAGAAAAUCAACUUUUCAGAAAAAAAAUCACGUGGCUCCUCUGAAUAAUACGACAACGAGAACUUCUCAAGCAGCUGUCUCGCCCCCGGAAGCGCGGAUAGAAGUGUCAAAUCCGGCGACAGGGCAAAUCAGCCCUAAAAAACGUCCUCAACUUUCCUACAAGCCGUAUUUCAACAAUAUCAAAGCUUCUUCAAAAGUCGAAGAAGAGAGAAUAAAAGAGGAAAAACGAAGAAAUCCGAAUUGGCCGCACUUUCAAGAGAAAAUGCCCGAAACUUCCCAAACAACGAUCAAAAUCAACAGUCAAAAAGAACCUUCCCCACCAGAAAGAUCUGAGAGCGAAAGAUCUAUCGAAAGCCACGCUAGAAUUCCCAGCUCGACCAUAACAACAGAUUCCGGUUUUGCAGACGACCAGAACCAAAUCAAACCAACAGUCAACGAAGUCCAGCGAAAACCGGCCGCAACAAAUAUCGUGAAAAUUGGCUCAAUCACUCCGCGAAAAAUUGCUCCACCAACUCCAGGGGAAAAGCCGAAAAUCAAUGUAAAGACGCUUCGAUCAAGAGCUCAAAGUCCUGUUAGAAAAGUUCAAGAAAUGGCGGUUAGUGAUAAGGAGCUCCCGCCGAGAACAUCGAGCCCGAGUCAUGUGAUGUCACCAACAAGGCAAAGAAAAUCAGCGGGUAGCACAGCUUCUACAACCCCCGGUCCUCGACCAGUCGGAGUUCAGUCAAUGAUGAUGUCUGGCAGACAAACUCCUGACGAUGACACCUGUUCCAUCGUCAGCACCGAUUCAUCGGUGCGCAAAAUCUCUAAAACCGGUCCCGGCCGCGCCUGGUACUACGGAUACAUGAACAAUUUCAAAGGCCAAGGAAGCGAUUUCACCGAUCUUUCGACGAAAAAACUUUCGGAACCUCGACCUCAAUCUGCUUCGAAGAAUCUUUCCUUUAUGUCUCCUCCGGCGCAGCCAAGAGGACGCUCAAAGGAGUUUCAAGAGUCGAGGAGAAAAUUUAGGGAUCACUCAGUGGAUACUCUUUUUUCAAGAAAUUCUGGUGACCCUAACGGAACGGAAGAGAACCAACCCGCUCCACGAAGGUCCAAGGGCUUUAGCGGAAUUCGCCGACGAUUCGCGAAAAAAUCCGUGGACGAUAUUUCGAAAGAAAACCGAGUGAGCCUGCACGAAAGCAUGAUCCGCCCGGAAGUGGUUGCCAGAAAAGAAGAGACUGUGCAAGACAACCCAGAUCAUCUAGAGCUGCAUGAAAGCCAACGAAUCAACACGAUGAGGGCCAAGUCUAAACCGCAAAAUUUUUCGAAAGUCAGGCAAAUGUGGAAAACUGGUGAUGAAAAGGGCCUUCGUGGGGAACGAGAAAUCCAUCAAAGCAUGCUGACAAAGGACGAGUUAUUCCUAACCGGAGGCGUGUUUGCUUCCGUCCAGGACGAUUCGGAUCGCGAUGGCGGAAUUCGAUCGCUUAUCCUCUGCCUCCGAGAUGGUUUCAUUCUCAACUUCAUCUUCGAUUCCGGAAAACUAGACGGAACCGCAAGCUACACAGACAUCUCGACGAACGAUUCCAAAGGGCUAGGGAGCCAUUUGAUCCUUCGAUUCGAUGAAAUUGUCGAUGGAGACCCGAGAAUCGAUACGGAACUGUUCGUCCAAGAUCGUCAUCCUCUGGUCGGACAUCUGAUAAAUACAUAUGACGCGAGUCAGAAGCAAAAGCCAGGAGGAUCGCUGAGAAUUUUCGUCGGUGAUCGAUCCAUUGGAGCUGGAAACGUCCGUCAAGCAAAUAUUCGAUAUCCAGAUGGGUCCUCCGAAGAAAUGAAAAACUCCGAUCUUCCAGGCGCUUUUGUCUUUCUCGUCAACCGUCUUCGAGGCACUACUGUUCAACGAGCUCAAGUUUCACUCCGCGAAGUUCAAAAAACUCCCUCUGCCAAAAAGUCCUCUUCAACCACGGAUCCGUUUCUCUCUUUCAACUCCCAAAAUGCCGAAGUUAAAAAUACCGAUGAUGAUGUAUAUAAUCUGCUUUUGCGAAAAGACCGACCGGAUUUGGCACCAAAAGAACCUCAAAAAGCUUGA